UCACUUUUUGUAGUUCAAAAUGAACAUCAAUACUGUUAAAGUCAGGAAGAGAUUUAUACCAGAGAGUUCCAACUCGCCUUCUUCCCUUACCUUCUGAGUCCAAUGGAAGAACGUUUCCCAGACGUCAUGGUGGCAGCGAUGGAUUGCAUGGAUACGUCCCUGCACUUGACUAUGUUGUUGCUGAUACUGUAGCUUUCUUGGAAAAGAUUAGGUUAGAGAACCCUGGAGUACCAUGCUUCCUCUUUGGUCACUCAACGGGAGGAGCUGUUGUUUUGAAGGCGGCAUAUUCCCCUCAAAUUGAAGGAAUGGUAGAGGGCAUUGUGCUGACAUCACCAGCUUUGCGUGUUAAGCCAGCACAUCCAAUUGUUGGGGCUGUGGCUCCAAUUGUCUCUUUGGUUGCUCCCAAGUUCCAGUUUAAAGGGGCAAACAAGAGGGGUAUUCCAGUGUCAAGGGAUCCUGCAGCAUUGUUGGCCAAGUAUUCUGAUCCCCUGGUCUAUACUGGCCCGAUAAGGGUCCGAACAGGCUAUGAGAUAUUGCGAAUCUCCACUCAUUUGACACGGAACUUUAAGUUUGUGAGCGUCCCCUUCUUUGUUCUGCAUGGAACUGCUGAUAGAGUCACUGAUCCACUAGCCUCCCAAGAUCUCUAUAAUGAGGCAGCAUCAGAGUUCAAAGAUAUAAAGCUCUAUGAUGGUUUCUUACACGACCUUCUCUUCGAGCCGGAACGUGAAGAGAUUGCACAGGAUAUAAUAAAUUGGAUGGAGAAGAGAUUGCGCAGGAUAUAAUAAAUUGGAUGGAGACGAGAUUGAGGGGGUUGGCGUGGAAGAUGUUUACUUCACAUAAUUCUUCACCCACCCGGACUCCAUCAGAAAAAAAAAAGAAAAAAAGAAAAAAGAAAUUGAAAAUUUACCCAAGUUGGAGGGGGAUCCACUUUUUUAGAAGCAGUUAGGCCAUAUAUUACAUUUAGAUUUUGAAAGUUAUUUACGUGUUUUGUGGUUUGCUUGUCAUCGUCAAAAUCUGUAUUUAAUAGACGAAUUCAAUUGACAGGGUGGCUUGUGAUCAUUCUGGUUAUAUAUUAUAGAUGAAUGUUCAUCUUGGCCGAAA